AUGGUCGCCUCGUCUCCGUCGUCCGACCUGCCAGACUACCGCGCAAAGUCAGUCGGCGACGAGCCUGUGACUUCGGUCCUUCCCGACGGUGACAUCGCCUUCGACCCACAUGGCUUCUCUUCGAGCGACGAUGAACUGCUCGCAUCUCUGGGCUACAAGCCCGAGUUCAAGCGGGACUUCAACCUCUACACCACCUUCAGCGUCUCGUUCGCCGUGCUGGGGCUUCUUCCCAGCUUUGCAUCCACGCUGUACUAUGGAAUGGGAUAUGCUGGAACCGCUGGCAUGACGUGGGGAUGGAUCGUGGCCAUGUUCGGCCUUCAUUCCAUGCCAACGUCGGGAGGCUUGUACUAUGCCGCUGCUGUUCUUGCGCCUGAGGGAUGGGGUGCGCUGGCUGCCUGGAUCACGGGAUGGAGUAACUGGAUGUCCCAGAUCACUGCUGCUCCCAGUGUGAAUUACGGGACCGCCGCCAUGUUGCUCGGUGCUGUGAGCAUCGUGAACCCGGACUAUACGCCGCAGAACUAUCAGGUCUUCCUUCUGACGACGUUUAUCAUGAUCCUGCACGCCAUCAUCUCCUCGAUGCCCACGCGCUGGAUCGCCCAGAUCAACUCCUGGGGCUCUACAUUCAACUUUGUCGCCCUCAUCGUCGUCGUGAUCCUCAUUCCCGCCGCGACAGACCGAGAAUCCCGUGGUCUCUCCCGCUUCACCUCCUCCGCCGAAGUCUGGGGCUCCAUCUACCCGGGCACCGACUUUCCCGCCGGCUUCGCCGUGCUCAUGUCCUUUGUCGCCGUCAUCUGGACCAUGAGCGGCUACGACUCGCCCUUCCACCUCGCGGAGGAAUGCUCCAACGCAAGCAUCGCCUCCCCACGCGCCAUCGUGCUGACGUCCAUCACCGGCGGCACAUUCGGCUUCUUUCUGCAGCUCGUCGUCGCAUACACCGUCGUCGAUAUCGCCGGCGCCCUCGACUCGGACCUCGGCGACCCGUACGCCGCGUACCUGAUCCAGUGCCUCCCGCAGCGCAUCGCCAUCGCCAUUCUCAGCCUCACCAUCGUCGCAGGCUUCUUCAUGGGCCAGGGCUGCAUGAUUGCCGCGAGCCGCGUCACCUUUGCCUACGCCCGCGACGGCUGCUUCCCCCUUUCCAAGUACUGGGCGCGCGUGCACCCGCGCGCCAAGACACCCGUCAACGCAGUCUGGAUCAACGCACUCAUCGGGAACCUCCUCCUACUGCUGAUCUUCGCCGGCGACGUCGCAGUCGGCGCGCUCUUCAGCAUCGGCGCCAUCACCUCCUUCGUCUCCUUCACCAUCCCCAUCUUCAUCAAGGUCUUCUUCGUCGGCAACCGCUUCCGCCGCGGACCCUGGCAUCUCGGGCGCUGGAGCGUGCCGAUCGGCGUCGUUGGGCUGGGCUUCGUCGCGCUGAUGGUGCCGGUGCUGUGCUUUCCCGCGCUGACGGGCAGUCGGCUGACGCUCGACGAGAUGAACUGGACGGUGCUGUGCUACGGCGCGCCGAUGCUGUUUGUCAUGAUGUGGUGGUACUGGAGCGCGCGGCACUGGUUUACCGGGCCGAAGAUUAAUGUCGAGCAUCUCAUGCUGGGCAGGGGCGGGAAUGUCGUCGAGGGCCGGCACCUAGCUCGGGACGCGGUCAAGGGGCAGGCGGGGGAUGGGAAUAUACUCUUCUACUAA